AUGUCGAUUAAAGUCCUUAUCCUUGGAGCUGGUUAUGGUACCCGUCUUCAACGAGAUAUCCGCGCAGACCCUACGCAAGCUUAUUCUCAUCUUCUUGGCAUUCCCAAGGCUUUACUUCCCGUUGGUAAUUACGAUGCGCUAAUAAGUGCUUGGCUGGAUGUUCUUACGGAUGGAGGAAUUGAUUGUGGAAGUGAUCUAUACAUCGUGACGAAUGCAGUGAACUAUGAUGCAUUUAUUGCUUGGACAAAGACGCAUAAUAUUCCAGCCGAUCAUAUUUGUAGCGAUGGAACAACGGCAAAUGAAAAUCGUCUUGGUGCAGUGGCGGAUAUCGAAUACGCAAUUAAAUAUUUCGAGCUAGAUUCGGAUAUUUUAAUAAUUGCGGGCGAUCUACUGUUUUAUCGUGAUUUUAAGCUCUCUGAUGUGCUAAUUCGCUUUUCUUCGCUGUCCGACGAUGAUUGCUUGACAGUGACGUACGCCGUUCCCGAUGAAUUUACGAAAAGAUGCGGAAUUGUGACAAUAGAUGAAUCGCUCAACAAUUUAAUAACGCACUUCCUUGAGAAACCAGACCCGGAAGAAACCGUAUCCCGGAAUGCUUGUCCAUGCUUUUAUUUGCUCAAAAAAAGUGCAAUAAGCUUGAUCUCAGAAUUUCUGAGAGUCUCUGAAAAGAAGGGCGAAGCUCUCGAACAGCGUGAUGCAACCGGAAAGUUCUUGGCAUGGGCAAUUAAUGGAGGCAAAUGUAAAUUUUAUGCAGAAUACAUAAGCGGAAGAAUUGAUGUUGGGGGGUUGAAUAGUUAUGUAGAAGCUUUGAAGUAUUUCGAAUAG